CGUCUUCUGAACAGAUCAACAGGUAAAAUAGCCUGUCUCAAUUGCUUACGAGAGGCCCGCGAUCUCGCGGUGAUUAUGUAGUUGGGAUGGUUCGUAUAUCUAGGUGAGUCGUACACCGGUUGACAACGGAAACCUCACUACUAGGGUCCAGGGUCCAGGCAGUCCAGGAGCCCUCAUUCUCUGGUGCACCGGAAUAUCGAUGCCACAACUACAUAGUACACAUGCCACGGUAGUUUCCGAUGUAUGCUCCUUGGGGAGGUUUUCCACCCAUGCCCAACGUUCACGAUGCUGAUAUCAAGGGCCACAUUGCGCACCUCAAAGGGGCUGCUCAGUUCGCACUCAGCACUCACAGGCCCCUCAAUCCGGACCAUCCUUCUUGGGAAUUCCAAACAUCAUUCGUUGGCGCUAUGUGGGGCCAACCUGCUAUCAACAUACGUCCUCUGCACCCCAAAAAUGGUUCUCAGAAGUAUCGGCGUGCGAGUGCAUGCUGCUACCUCAUCCCCAGUCCCCUCGCAGACUCUACCUUCCGUCUCCACAACGAGAUCGCAGCUCUCUCUCACGAUUACGUCGACGCACCGGAUGGCAAGCUGUCUAUGCGCGCGAUAUACCCUGCAGGUUCCUACACUUUUAGCCAUGACCCGCAGGGCGGGUUCUCCUUCUACGCCCCUGGCCCGUCAAACGUCGACUUGACUACAGCGAAGGAGGCUACAUUCAGUUACGACGUCUACUUCCCCUCCGAUUUCGAUUUCGUGAAGGGAGGAAAACUGCCGGGUCUUUACGGUGGAGACAGUGACGACGAGGCGCUCUCCUGCUCUGGAGGACGCCGGGACGACGGCUGCUGGUCCGCACGCUUCAUGUGGCGCACAAAUGGUGCUGGAGAACUCUACACAUACCUCCCGCCUGACUACGACGAGAAUCAGGCGGUCUGCGACAUUCCUCCGUACUCCACUUGCAACGAUGUUUACGGCGCAUCUGUGGGCCGUGGCGCGUGGACGUUCGAGACUGGCGGCCGGACCACGAUUGCCCAACGUGUCCGCCUGAAUGAUGCCGGCCAGUCGAACGGAGAGCUCGAGGUCUUCAUUGCGGGAAAGAGUGUGAUCAACGUGGGCGGCCUUGUUAUCCGCGAUAGCUCGGCCGGGCGCAUCCGUGGCCUCCAGAUGCAGACAUUCUUCGGAGGGUCGGACUCCUCGUGGGCUUCUCCUACAGACCAGGACGUCUACUUCUCAGACUUCUCCGUCGCUAUCACAGAGGAUCUAUGAGCGCUAGACUACGUUGAUGUGUCGGAGGCUUUCUUCAAGAUGAUUUAGGUGAUUUCUUGUUUUGUGUCGGGUUUUCGUCAUAGGUUAUAUUGUUACUGGUUGAAUUGUACCGAUGAACAUACGUCUAUGCGUUGUUG